GGUCGCAGUCCACCGACUAGCCUACGGUCUACCGAGUCGUCAAACCCAACCUCAACCUCUCCACAGAAACUCCCUAUCCCUUCGACCCCAGCCACCACAAUGUCUACGAACCGGCCAUUCCUGGCCAAUUUCCUCGCGGCCUUCCGAGCCCAGUCAACGUAUAAAGCCUCCACCGCCGGCACCCAGUCCACAUCGGCCUCGAUAUCUUCCGCCCAGAUCUCGCAGAGUGCGGCUCGAGCAAUCGCCACGAAGGCCAGCAACAACCCUGAAGCGUCGGCCGCAUCCUCGUCGACAGCACAUCAUUACCACCAUCACUCACCGUCGCAUUCGCGCCCACACUCCCACCAGCGCGGCCCCCUGUCCCCGGGCCAAAGCCAGGAGCAGCCCAGCCCCGCAUCCCCGCCCCCAUCAUCCGCCGCGACUCCACCCCAAGCCGCCGUCGCCUCGUCGUCUCCCCCACCGACCCCAGCCGCCUCAAACCCUAUCCCCAUCACCAACAGCCACGGCCGACAACGGCGCGGCAGCGAUAGCUCGAGUGGCUCCGGCGGGUUCCGCGACGCCCUCGGUCCCGAGAAAUGGUACAUUGGUGGUCGGACGCCCGGCGGCGAAGAGAGAUUCUACCGAUUAGGCAUGGUCACCAAGGGAGGAGGUCGCCUCGGUGGAAGCGGCCGGGUGGGAAGUAUCGACCAGUUGAGCCUUUAAUCAAUAGAUGAGGGUGGGCGUUCAGGAGGGAAACUUUCCUUGCCCCUUAGGGGACUCCUUCCCUCCGCUUCAAUGUGGGGUUGGCCCCAAACCUAACAACCGGUUUGCUUGAUGCAAACUAUACUUCCGUUUUCGUCCUCUUCUUCUAUACCUCCGGCGUCUGAGUACUAUCCAGGAAAGGAGGGGGCAUUUGGGUUUGGCGUUGGUGUUUGGUCCUUCGGGCACAAGACAAAAAACUUGCUUUAUGUUUGGCCGGGUGUCUUUUCCGACGACGUUGACUCGUUUUGCACAGACUGACCAUCAGGUUUGGUACACUCUGCAUGGGUCUUAUAUUAUAUGGGCUUCUCUCCACUUAUAGUUAUCUCGGGAUGACUAUGAUUGUGCUAGUGGAAAUGGGACUAAAUGUACAUGGAUAAAUGCCUCCUCUGGCUUGUCUGCAGUCAGAACGGUUACG